AUGCCACCACAUCUUCACCCGCGGUCGCGGAUGACCAUGUCGCUAUUCACCACGACUUUAGCGAUAUGUUUCAUAGUCGUUGCGACGCCGCAUCUUCUGCCAUGUCCAGUCGAUAACCGCGCAUUUGCCGAUUCAGCCGACCCACAAGCACUGCAACGACGACGGAGGCGACGGAGAGCCCAGGAGGAAGCUUGCAACGAUACCAUGAGGGAGGAUAGGAAGAUCCAGAUUGUCACUGAUGAUUGGGCGAGGCCAAAGAGGGAGUGCCCUGUACCAAAGCCAGGUGGAUUGAUCGGCCAGGUUCUCGGAAUCAAGAGCGAGAACGAGGAUGAGAUGGACUUUUCCAUCCUGGAAGAAGUGAACAAGCAAAGAAUACGACAGAAGGCUAGCGACGAAUGA